AGGUCAUAGAGUCUAUGUUGCAGGUGUUAUACAAAGUGUAUAUUUUGUUAAUUUAUUACAUGUUUUGUGAUUUUUUGGCUUUAUUUAACGUAUUAACCGUUGUUAAUAAAAAACAGGCAAGUUUAAAAUCGCUUAACAUAACCAAAGAAAAAUAUAUUUUUUUGAGAGACAAUAUUGAUAAUAUGGACAAUAUAAACAAUGAGGACAAUGUGGAAAACCAACCCUCUGUCCUAAAAAACAAAUCUGGCCAAUAUAUAGGACGAGGUCAAAGAAUAAUACUUUUUAAUAUGGUAAAAAAACAUAUUAAUGAAGGAACGUCAAAAAAUGCCAGUGUAAUAUUAACAUCUGAAGAAACUGGUAUUUUAAAAAGUACCAUUUGGUCUACCAUCAAACAAAUGGAACAUGACAGAAAGGCUACAUCCCCAUUAAAGAAAAGAAAGCGGGCAAGUCAAUACGACAAAUUGAGUGAGGAACAAAAGAAGUGCCUAAGAAAAGUUGUUCAUAACUUUUUUAUAAAUAAUGAAAUACCAAAUUUAAGUAAAAUUUAUCAAUCUGUAAAGGAUGAUGAUAACUUACCACCAAUUUCUCGGACAAAUUUAUGGAAAAAAACUUGGCUUCAAGUAUGAAAAAAGGGGUAGGAAUGAUUUACUGGUUGAAAAAAGUGAAAUAGUAAUUUGGAGAAGAAAAUAUAUUGAUAUCAGGAGUUACCGAUUACAGGAUCAAAAAAUAUAUUCUAAGGGAAUAUUAAUUAUUACGAAUGAUGUAUUAAAUUUAAAUUCUAUAACCAAGUUGAAAUUGGG